UUUGUUUGUUAGUAAGAUGAUUAACCUGUCUGUCCCCGACACCAUUGAUGAGAGAACCAUCAACAAGAAAAAGCUGACGCCUUUUACCAUCCAGGAGAACCUGAACCUGGCUCUGAACUCGGCGUCCGCCAUCGGCUGCCAUGUGGUGAACAUUGGUGCUGAGGACCUGAAGGAGGGCAGGCAACACCUGGUGCUCGGCCUGCUGUGGCAGGUCAUCAAGAUCGGCCUGUUCGCUGACAUCGAGCUCAGCAAGAAUGAAGCUCUGAUCGCUCUGUUGCGUGAUGGAGAGAGUUUGGAGGAUCUGAUGAAACUUUCUCCGGAGGAGCUGCUGCUGCGAUGGGCCAACUAUCACCUGGAGGAGGCCGGCUGCCCCAAGAUCAACAACUUCAGCUCCGACAUCAAGGACUCCAAGGCUUAUUAUAACCUGCUGAACCAGGUGGCACCCAAAGGCGACGAGGAGGGAAUCCCCCCGAUCCCCAUCGACAUGUCAGGACUCAGGGAGAAAGAAGACCUGAAGCGGGCCGAGUGCAUGCUGGACCAGGCUGACCGGCUCGGAUGCAGGCAAUUCGUCAUGCCAACAGAUGUUGUCCGUGGCAACCCAAAGCUCAACCUGGCUUUUGUUGCUAACCUGUUCAACAAAUACCCAGCUCUGAAGAAACCAGAAAACCCGGACAUCGACUGGAGUUUAAUUGAAGGUGAAACCAGGGAGGAACGAACUUUCAGGGAACUGAUGAACUCUGGAGUGAACCCUCGUGUCACCACCUUUAUGUCAGACAUUGACGACGCUCUUGUGAUCUUCCAACUGUACGAGAAGAUCAAAGUUCCCGUUGACUGGGACAGAGUCAACAAACCGCCGUAUUCCAAACUGGGCAGCAACAUGAAGAAGCUGGAGAACUGUAACUACGCCGUGGAGUUGGGAAAGGAGGCGGCAAAAUUCUCUCUGGUCGGCAUCGCGGGUCAGGACCUGAAUGCAGGGAAUCGAACCCUCACGCUUGCUCUGCUCUGGCAGCUCAUGAGGAGGUACACAUUGAACAUCCUGGAGGAUCUGGGCGAUGGGCAGAAAGUGACUGAUGACACCAUUGUGUCGUGGGUCAACGGCACACUCACAGAGGCAGGGAAAGCCAAAAUUUCCAGCUUUAAGGACCCGUCGAUUAGCAGCAGCAUGCCCAUCCUGGAUCUGAUCGACGCCAUCCAGCCAGGUUCCAUCCGCUACGACCUCCUGAAGGUGGAAGACCUGACCGAAGAGGAAAAACUCAACAAUGCAAAGUACGCCAUUUCUAUGGCGAGGAAGAUCGGUGCCCGAGUCUACGCACUGCCUGAGGAUCUGGUGGAGGUCAAACCCAAGAUGGUGAUGACCGUGUUUGCCUGCCUUAUGGCCCGCGGCAUGAAGAGAGCCUAAAGGUCAUGACCCCCAACCAUUAGUCACUCACACC